AUGGCACCAUCUAUUGCCCAAACCCCCACUGUGGACGUGGUUGUCCCUGUGAAGGCCGCUUCUGGAACAACCGAGGCCAAGGCCAGAGUGAGAAGAAUCGUUGACGAGGAAGGGGAAACCACUACUGCCAGCUAUCCGAACUACCUGCCUGUAUACGACUAUGGCAAUAAAUACCCUCCUCUUGAACCCUUCACCCACGUCGACCACGGGAAAGACGCCUACCCCUCCUUCAAGGAUCUCCUCACUAAGGGGUCCAAGAUCCAAAAGUUGACUCCGACUACUGGGUCUGAGCUAAACAAGCUCACUGCUGCCGGAAAGGAUCUGCUCGCUCUGCUCGUCGCCCGACGUAAAGUUGUCGCCUUCAGAGAUCAAGAUCUCACCGACCUGCCAAUCCAAGAGGCCCUCGGUUUUGGAGGCUACUUUGGCCGCCAUCAUAUCCACCCAACUAGUGGAGCUCCAGAGGGAUAUCCUGAGAUUCAUCUCGUUCACCGGAACAACAAUGCCAGUGUCUCAUGGCAUUCCGACGUUACAUAUGAGCAACAACCACCUGGUACCACCUUCCUAUAUGUACUUGAUAGCCCUGAAGUAGGUGGGGACACUGCCUUCGUCAACCGAGUUGAGGCCUAUAACCGACUUUCGCCAGCGCUCAAGGAGCGUCUUCACGGUUUGAAGGCUGUGCAUUCCGGAUUUGAGCAGGCUGAGUUUAGUCUGAAACGUGGUGGGGUUGAUAGUGAAAACCGAGCAUCCUCUUAUUCGAACCCAUCCGGUCACUGGCGAGAAAGCGCUUUUCGUCAAUGGUGGCUACUAGUCACUCGCAGUAUUGUCGGACUCAAAAAAGAAGAGAGCGAUGCGCUUCUAGGGUUCCUACUGGCCCACGUGGGUCAUGGCAUCGACUAUCAAGCUCGUAUUCGAUGGGCGCCAAAGACUGUUGUUGUCUGGGAUAACCGUGUCACAGCCCAUUCUGCGAUUCUUGACUGGACGACUGGGGAGCGUCGCCACUUGGCGCGAAUUACUCCCCAGGCUGAACGCCCUUAUGAGACACCUUACGUUCCAAAGGAGGGUAAAUUCAAGGCUUAA